AUGAACAGACCGCCGCAGGGCCGUGGUCAGCAACGGCUGGGAGCGACUUGGUAUCCAGGGGGCCAGGAUGACUUCUACAUGCCAGAGGUCAUCUCCCCCUCCCCCCAAAGGAUGCUCAUUCAUCCGCCCAGAGUCAUGCCCGAAGUCCCCGAACACAUGCAGGACAACCUCGCCCAGAUGGAACAUCACGCCCCCGAUCCCCGUCGCGGUCAACAGCCACCGCCUCCUCAGUACAACAAUAAUAAUAGCAUUCGUGCCGCAUACCCCGAGCGCACUUCCUCCGCGGCCAUCGUGCAGAGCCAGGUGCCCCAACACAGCCAGGCCUACGACCCAAGCCCGUACGCGCAGUCGGCCACCUACGAGAGUAUGGACCAUCCCAACUUCUCGCCUUUCCCGGUCUUGCGCAAUCCGCCGCCGAACGUUCCUCCGACCGAUGAACAGAGAGAAGCGAGCUUGGAGCGUGCCCGCAUGGCGGUGUUGUCGACCACGGAUCCCGAGAUGCAACUGGCCUGGGCUCAGGACGCCCUGGCCUAUGUUGAAGUGUCCGCACAGAAUGAAGCCCGCUUGUCGUUGACCCAGCCGCCGCGCCCGCACACACCGCAGGUCGAACGGCAGCUGAAGGUUGAUGCGAUGAACAUUGUCAGCUUCUUGGCCGAGCAGCACCACCCCAAGGCAGAAUUCAUCAAGGGCAUGUGGCUCGAAUUUGGCAAAUUUGGCUACCGCGUUGACCGCAAGGAGGCGUUCCGCUGCUAUACGCGCGCCGCGGAGAAGGGGUAUGCGCGCGCCGAAUACCGCAUCGGCAUGCAGUUUGAGAGUUCGGGUGAGCCAGAAAAAGCAAUCAAACACUAUGAGCGGGGUGUUUCUACAUCCGAUUCUGCUUCCUACUAUCGUUUGGGAAUGAUGAUUCUCCUCGGACAACACGGCCAACGCCAGGAUUUCCCGCUAGGGUUGGACUAUAUUCGACUCGCUGCACAAUCCUGCGACCAGAACGCACCCCAAGGUGCCUAUGUCUAUGGCAUGCUCUUAGCCCGGGAACUCCCUCAAGUCAACGUUCCAGAGACAUAUCUGCCGCUCGAUCUAAAUGCAUCCCGUAUCAACAUCGAGAAGGCUGCCUACCACGGAUUUGCCAAAGCUCAGGUGAAGAUGGGCGCUGCAUAUGAACUCUGUCAGUUGGGUUGUGAUUUUAACCCCGCUCUGUCCCUGCACUACAACGCGCUGGCGGCUCGUCAAGGCGAGCCGGAAGCCGAGAUGGCAAUCAGUAAAUGGUUCCUCUGCGGCCACGAGGGCGUAUUUGAGAAGAAUGACGAAUUGGCUUUCACGUACGCACAGCGUGCCGCCCAAAGCGGCCUGCCGACGGCAGAGUUCGCGCUCGGCUAUUUCUAUGAGGUUGGCAUCUUCGUGCCGGUGGAUAUCAAAGAAGCCCGAAGCUGGUAUGCCAAAGCUGCCGCAAGUGGCAAUAAGGAUGCCUCCGGUCGAAUCGAUAGCAUCUCACGGUCGAAGACUCUGUCCCGCAAGGACCACGAGAAAGUGGCCAUCGCCCGCAUCAAGUCGCGACGAGGGGGGUCCUUGGAAGCCACGCCGGAGAACAUCGAGAUGCCCGAUCCAUCCCGGAUGAGCCUGAACGACAGCAAUGGAUCUGCUCCUUAUCCUGAUCGCCGGCCGCUGAACAUGCCGGAUCAUCGACCAAGCUCUGCAUUUGGCGUGAACCCAAAUCUGCGCCAGAAUCCGCCUUCCGGCUAUGGCGGGCCUCCUGGCCCUCGGACUACGUCUUAUGGGUCAGGGCCCAUGGGCUAUCGCCCGCCUGGCCCGGGUACACCAAACAGUGCCCCUCCUGGUCCAACCGGUCCACAGGGGGUGAUGAGUCCUCCCGGAGGUGCCCCACGAGUUGAUGCCGGGUACUCUGCGCCGAUGGAUCGCAGACGCCCCCGCGCCCUGGACGCGGCACCUCCAGAUCGCAAACCCGUCAGGACUCCUGUGGGUUCUCAUGGUGGACUGUCCUCACCCCGUCCCCCGGCCUCCCCUCGUCCGCCAGGCUCGCCUUCUUUCCCAGCGCGAGGAGAGUCUCGUGGGCCGUCCAUAGGCUCAGGGUCCUCCACGCCCCAGCCAUCCGUCGCCUCGUCAUCAGCUUCGUCCCAGAAGCCAUCGAAGCCUCCUGGUCCUGUACCGGGCAAGGGCCCCAAGACCUUCGAAGAGAUGGGAGUGCCCAGUGCCAAGAAUGACAGCGAUUGCGUACGUCCCUCUGAGACUUAUCCCUGCCUGUACAGCUCACUGACUUUUCUGCAGAUUGUGAUGUGA